AUGAUCUGUUACACUGAAGGAGACACGGUCACUUUCACUGUUGCUGAGUCGGAUGCCGAUUUCUAUCAUCUCUCUUCCAACCACCUAAAAGACGCCAAAGAAUCACGCCCACUCGUGCCUCACUUGUCUACAUUUGGAACUACUGUCCCCAUGUUAGCAAUUCAAGUUACUGUCUUCCCAAAUACUAGAAUCUAUAUUGGGUUGUCACAUCACCAUACGUCUUGUGAUGGAAGAGGAUUCACCCACUUCAUGAGGACAUGGGCUUCGAUCUCCAAGUUAGGAGCUGGAUUUGGAUCUCUCUCAUCUGAUCAGUCCCUACCAAUCUUGGACAGGACUGUGAUCAAGGAACAAGAUGACAUGUUAAAGAUGUUCUUAGACAAGUUAGAUGGAUUCAUGGGUUCCGAAUCAGUAUCUGGGAAUCGAAUAUUAAGUGUGAUGGAUGUGGAACUCCAACCCAACAUGGUUCGAGCUACGCUCCAGCUAAUGAAGCAAGUGGUAAGAAACUCAAGGAAUGGGUGUUCACUUGAUGAAAAAACACAAACAAGAUCAAUUAAUCCUCCAUCCAGAUUGGUGGCGAUAUGCGCUUAUACAUGGAUUUGUUUGCUUAAAGCAGAAGCAAAAGUGGGUGGAUCCAACACUAACAACAUGACUCUUUUUGUGCUUACCGUCGACUGCAGGGCUCGGCUGGACCCUCCAGUCCCAGAAGCAUACUUGGGUAAUUGUAUGAGACCUUAUGUGGUGGUUACUAAUAAGAGUGAUCUGAUGAGAGGAGGAAUAGGUUUGGCAGCACAAUUGAUAGGAGAUGAGGUUCAUGAGAUGCACAAAGGAAUUUUGAGAGGCAUGGGCCGCAUGGCACAUAGUGUUUCAGGUUUGAUAGAUAUGCCACCUAAUCGAGUUUUGGUAGGUGCAGGGUCACCACGGUUUGGGUAUUACAAGACAGAUUUUGGGUUUGGAAGGCCAAAGAAGGUGGAGACGACAUCCAUUGAUAGAACAUGA